UCUUCUCUCCUUCAUGGGAGAACAUCAUACACGUUCCCCAUUAGACUCCAACAGCAUCCUUGGUGUUCCAAAAGGUGCCUCCAUUAAAGAUGUUUGCAAGGCCUACAAAUCCCUUGUCACAAAAUGGUAUCCUGAGCAUAAGAAUUCUACUUCUAGCAAAACUGAUGAUGAAGAUUCCAAGUUAAAAGCCCUUAAUGAAGCCUACUUUGAGGCCCUUCGCAAGAAACAAGAUAAUGGGGGAGGGGAUCAUCUCUUUAACCAGUAUGGGAGGAGCGUUGAUGAUCAGUUCUACACACCGUCGUUCCUCUCGAGCACGCCAAAUCGGAGAUGUCAAACCCCAUCUCCGGUUUCGAGUCCACUUUCGAGAAACGUAAGCCGAAAGGGCAGUAGCACCACCCCAAACAGCCCUAGUGAGGUAUCGCUCUCGAGAAGCACGAGCCGUAGCAGCACCAUUUCCACAAGCCCUAAUGAGCCACCACCGAUCUCGAGAAGCAAAAGCAGCACAAGCCGAAGGAACGCCACCAACAUCCCCAUCUCUCCUAAGGAACCACCACUCUUGAGAAGCAUGAGCAAAAAGAGCAACUCCACACCUAUCAUGUUUUCCUUCUCAAAUACAAGGACUAAACCCCCACCAAUUGAGAAGCAACUAGCUUGUACCCUUGAGGAGUUGUUGAAUGGAUGCACCAAGAAGAUCAAGGUCACUAGAGAUGUCAUUACCAAUACUGGAUUGAUUGUUCAAGAAGAGGAGAUGCUGAGGAUAAAAGUGAAACCCGGAUGGAAGAAAGGAACAAAGAUUACAUUUGAAGCAAUGGGAGAUGAAAAACCAGGAUUUUUACCAGCAGACAUCAUCUUCUUGAUUGCAGAGAAACGACAUCCUAUAUUCAAGAGAGAAGAUAAUGACUUGGUCUUGUCAAUAGAGCUUCCAUUAGUAAAGGCCCUCACUGGUUGCACCCUCUCUAUUCCUCUCUUGGGUGGAGAGAAGAUGGGUUUGUCCCUGGAUGAGAUUGUUCACCCUGGUUACAUAAAGAUAAUCCCAGGCAAAGGCAUGCCUGAUCCAAAAGAGAAUGGAAAAAGAGGAGAUCUGAGACUCAAAUUCCGUAUCAAUUUCCCAACACAGUUGAGCGAUGAACAACGCUCUGAAGUUGUUGAUGUUCUUCAAAAUUGUGAUUAAAAUAAAAAGUUGUUUCCCUUUUUUAUGUUUCUUUGAAAAUUUUCUCUUGGCAUUCACAUUCACUGCCAAUACUCAAAUCUUGUACUACAGUGUACCAUAUAAAAAAUAGAAGC